CAUUAUCAUCUCACGGCGGAAGAAGAAGAUGGAGAAAUCGAAGAAGACAGAUAUGGCGUUCAUCGCCUCAAUGAACGACGACCUUCUCCAGAACAUUCUCCUACGAUUACCCGCGAAACCGUUUGCUUUCGCCUCCUGCGUUAACCGAUCGUGGAACAUCGUCUGCAAUCGCAUCCUCUCUCGCCCCAAAAUGGUUUCUGCUUUCUCCAGAAACCCUCAUCAAUUCGAAGCUGUAGAAGAAGCAAUUGAUAAGGCUUUGUCUGAGCCAAUUCGACCAGAUUUUGUAAUUGCAAACAUUACAUGUGGGAACAUGGAAGACACUUUGAGUCUGAUAACUAAAAGAGUGGGAACAAGGGUUCCUGUUAUUGUAUCCAUAGUUGCUGGAGUAUUGGGAAAAGAAGUGUGUAACGACAAGGCUGGAGAGGUCAAACAGAAUGAUCAGGGCAUGCACAUUUGUCCAAGUUUUGCUAUACUGUUGACCAUUGGCUACUUGCCAGGAAUCAAAGUCGACGUUAUUCCUGUAAUUCAAUCAAAAGAGGAAACUGAAGCGAUGAUUGGUGACAAAUUUGUGAUGGAUAUUAGGAACUUCGUGUCAGAGGUUUCAGAUCAUGCUGAACCAGCCUGUCUUAUGCUCUUCGGGGAGGAUACUCAUGCCACAGAACCUAUCAUUCGAAAAUUGGACUAUGCCAUGCCUGCAGAAACUAUUAUUGUGGGUGAUCAAAAGGGAGAGUUCUUACAGAAACGAGCUAAUGAAUUAAGUAAUGCUCAGUUGCAUAAAGAUGAGAGCAGAGUUCUCGCAGGUUUAAUCUUCGCAAGAGAUAGACGCAGACCCAUUGAAGCUGGACGAGUUCAGUUUCACACUGCUAUAUCAAGAGGAUUGUCACCGGUUGAUUUGAGGUACAAGGUGGCUAAUGCCAUUAGUACUCUCCCUAAAUGGCCUGCUACACUUAUGACAGCAAAAAGAAUUGGAGAAGCUGAGGUUCUUAAUGGAGAACAAAUUCUAGAUGACAUAGAAGCAAAUCUGUUAGGAAACCCGCUCUGGGAGGCUGAUCCAUACAUUGGAGUGAUAAAAAGAAGAAAAUACUCAGUUGGUUUGGAUCAGAAGCCAAAGAUCAUGGCCUCACUUGUGUUUCAUCAAGUUACUGGAGCCGAUGAGCAGUAUCUUACAGUCAAUGGCGCUGGAAUCAAAACGGGUGACCAUUUCCAAGUUUACCUCCCUGAUCUCGAAGUGGCUGAAGCAUCACUAACUGCUGUUUCUUCUCAGCUUAGAAACAUCAUGUCCAAACCAAACAAGCACGAAGUUGUUGGAGGGUUUGUUUUCGCCGGUAGUGGACGUGGCGACUCCUUCUUUGGCCGUCCAAACGCGGACACCUCACCGUUCCUGGAGAACUUCCCGGAGCUACGUUUUGGUGGUGUAUUCUGCGACGGUGAAAUCGGAAGAAGCUUGUCCGUGGAGGAGGGAGAGGAGAAGCAAGUAACUAUCAGUCAGAGAUGUCUUCACGUUGUUAGUUCUGUUUAUCUUAUUGUCUCUUAUGCAUGUUCUUAAUCCUAACACAUCUGUUUGUUUUUUGUUUUGAAGAAAAACUUUUAUUUCAAAUUAUAUUAGGUAAAAUUUUAAUACAAACUAUCAA